CCCCAACAGAUUUUAUUAUUUCGAAAAGGAGAAUAUGGAGAGUCGCUUUCACUUCCCAAAGUCCUCCCUUUUUCUCUCUACGUACCAACUCACAGAGCCCCAGUUCUUCUCAUGUAUUUUCCCCUGAUUUUCUUUCCUUUUCAUAGCCAAAUAACUUGACAAAGAUAAAAAAAUCGAACAUCAUCGUUGAUAUUUUCCUCAAAUUCCAAAUGGGUUUCUUGAGUUUGCUGAAAUUCUCGCUUUUAUGUAUCGAUCUUUUUGCCUGGCCUGUGAUUGCUCUAGGGUUUCCUCUGUUUGCUUCCAUCAGAGCAAUUGAAACUGGUUCAAAAUUUCACUUGAAGAAGUUGGCUAUAUAUUGGACCCUUUUUUCUCUAAUUUCUCUGUUUGAGUUUGCUUUAAUGAAUCUCAUCGAAUGGAUACCGAUUUGGUCGAAAAUAAAACUCGCGACCAUCUUGUGGUUAGUUGUACCACAGUUUCAUGGUGCAUGUUAUGCGUACCAAAGCUUUAUACGUCCGUAUUUGAUUGUGAAUGUGCAAGAAGCUAUACGUAGGUGGGAAGAACAAAGUCGUACGAACGAGACAUCUCUUGAUGUGGCAGAUAAGUACAUGAAAGAGAAUGGAGUCGAAGCUCUUGAAAAGCUAAUUGCAGCAAAGAAGGAACUCAACGAAUCUGAUGAUUCUCAGAGGGGUUCUCGGGUUCAAGAACCAGACAAGAAAAAUGUUGAGGCUACAUUGAAACUGCCUAAAGAACCUGAUGCCGCUGAGAAAGAUAAAGGAAUAUUAGAAACUCCCAAGGGGAUUGAAUUUGAGGCAACUGAAGCGAAAAAAGUGAUGAUUUAUAAAGGAAUAUUAGAAACUCCCAAAGGGAAUGAAGCUACUGAAGCGGUAAAGCCAGUCCCCAAGGAAAAAGCCCAUGCACCGGUUCUUAAUAAAGACACUAUAGCACCACAAAAAACAUCUUCAGAAUGGACUUGUCAUUUAUGUCAAAUUUCAACGACUAGCGAGAAAAAUAUGAACGACCAUCUCAGAGGGAAUAAGCACAUGACCAUGAUACAGUCCUUGAAAUCGAGCAAGCUCAAUAAUAAUAAUAAUACCACAAAAGACCAUCCAAGUCCUGGAUCCUCAUCGGGCCGUGAAAGUGGGUCCAAGCAAGAAUCGACUUUAAAGCCCAAAAAAAUUGCUCAGACACAGCCUGUCAAGAAGAAGCCCACUGUGGAUGUUCAGCACAAUUUUAAACACUGGUGUGCCCUUUGUCAUGUGAAAGUAUCGUCCGAUAUUACUCUGGGGGCUCAUUUCAAGGGGAAAAAACAUGUGGCCAACCUUGAGAAAGUAAUGGGGAAAGUUUGA